CCCGUUUAUCCUACGACUUCCCCACUUCUCUCUAUAAAUUUCGAGCCGACCUCCCCCUCGUACGGUUUUAUAGUAUAUAACCUCCUUGCACACAGCAGCCAUGUUGGCCCCCUUUGAAUAUUUCCAACAGCGCCGGAUUAGAACCUUUAAAAGACAGCAACGCGCACAGCGCAUAGCCAGUCUACCCUCCUCCUACCACUCCGCAUUCACCGCCUUUGACAAAUCCGUCAUCGAUAAGCCCAUUGAGGAGUUGGUCCAAGAUGUGCACAAAGGUCUCGUGUCGCCCAUCCAGCUUCUACAAACUUACGGCAAAGUCGCCGUAAAGGCCCAGCAGAAGACAAACUGCAUAACGGAAUUGCUGCUGCCAGAAGCUGAGGAAUGGGCGAAAUCGGAGAUAAACCCGAAGGGCCCCUUGGCCGGUAUUCCUGUCUCAUUGAAGGAUUCGUUGCAGGUGAAAGGAUUUGAUAUCAGCUUGGGCUAUGCUAAGCUGGCGAACAAGCCAUAUCAAGAGGAUGGAGGGGUUGUACGAUUGUUGAAGGAUGCGGGUGCAAUUCCAUAUGCAAAAACUAAUUUGCCAGUUACGUUAUUGUCCUUUGAAUCUGACAAUCCCGUAUGGGGCCCUUGUUUAAACCCACAUGUCCCUCAGUACUCCCCCGGUGGCUCUACUGGAGGUGAAGCUGCGCUGCUCGCAUUGGGUGGACGGGUAGGCAUUGGUUCCGACGUUGCUGGAUCUGUCCGCGUACCUGCAGCAUGGAGUGGAAUAUACUCCCUUCGCUGCAGCACUGGCCGAUGGCCAAAGGCUGGCAUCAACACUAGCAUGGCAGGACAGGAAGGCGUCCCAAGUGUCUUCAGUCCAAUGGCACGAACGUUGAAUGAUUUGACAUAUUUUACCCGUGCAAUCAUCGGUAUGCAGCCGUGGAAAUAUGAUCAUUCUGUCCAUCCAAUUUCGUGGAGAGACGAGAUGGAGCAGGAUGCGAGAUCAAAGAAGUUGAAAAUUGGAGUUAUGAAGUCUGACGGAGUCGUCCCACCCACACCUGCCAUCGCACACGCCAUCGACACUGCGGCCUCAGCUCUCGCCGCUGCUGGCCACACCCUCAUCAACAUCACACCACCACCAACCGCCAACCCGCUCAUCGGCCUCCGCCUCGCUGCCCUCCUCCUAAACUCCGACGGCUGCGUGACCUUUAACUCCCACUUCCUAGCCGGUGAAUCUACCGACCCCGGCGCCGCCCAACUAUCCAAAUACGCCAACCUACCCCGCCCCCUCCGCUAUCUCUACUACCUCUACGUCCGCUACAUCAAACGCGACAGCACCUGGGCCUACCUAAUCAAGGACUUCUGCCACAAAUCCAGCGCCGAGCAAUGGAAACUCGUCGCCCAGCGCGAAGCCUUCCGCGCCACCUGGCACAACUGGUGGAGCUCGCCAGAGCAAAACUACGACUUCAUCCUGUGUCCCGUCAACGCGACGCCCGCCCUACCUCACGGUGCAAUGAAAGACGCCGUCUCCUCCUGUGGAUACACCUUCCUCUGGAACCUGCUUGAUUACUCCUGCGGCGUGCUACCCGUAAGCCGCGUGGAUGCAAUCGCGGACGCCAUCGAGCCGUCGCCGACGAAGACUGCCAGCCAGAAGCGAAAUGCGUAUAAGCGCGUGUUGAAGGUGGCCGGGGCGGAUAAUGCGGUUGCACGGGGCGCGUGGAAGCAUUAUGAUUCGGAGAAGAUGCACGGGCUGCCUACCGCGGUGCAGAUUGUUGGGCGGAGAUGGGAGGAGGAGAAGGUUUUGGGGUUCAUGGAGGCGGUAGAGACGGCGUUAGACGACUAUGAGGGGCCGCGCGGGGAGGGGGGAAAGUAUCACCUGUUAGAGAUUAAUUGACCAAUUGGUUGAUGGCUUCUUAAGUGAGUGAGUCAGUGAUUAGGUGGGUUUUUUCGGUAGGUAAUGUUUUAUUCCCUUUUAUGAGCUGAGCGAUUCAUUCAGUGCAUGCAUACAUAUACUACUCGCGUUUCUCGGGCUAUGCUCGUGCUUUGUGAGAUACUCACAACUCUACAUAUCUUGACGACUGCUACAAUUUCAAUUGUGGUAUCUUCGUUUCCUUUAGCAAUAGCUAGAGAAAUAUACAUAAAUAAAAGAAUUUAAAAUUUCCA